CUCCAAGUCCAAGAGCAUUAAUGGGCGGGUCCAAUCUGCCGGGUGUUGCAGGAGUAGGAGGGGUUAAGAAGUGGGGACAGCCCUCCAUCCCCCUAACCCUGUACUGGCCUGUUUCCUGUUAUUUCUCUGCCAGAGCAGGAGCCCCUUGCCCUCCAGGUGGGAGCAGUAGGGUUUUCUGGGGGGCAAUCAUCCUUCUGUCCCUCCGCUAGGGGAAGAAGGAAUGUGGCUUGGCUGGCUGGUUAGGAUCUAGGAUCGAGGAGGAGCUUUGGGGCAGGGCGGGGCAGGGGCAGGCAGAGGCGAAGACUCCUGCUCCCUGCGCUCCAGCUGCUGCACAGCAAGGGCCCGCUGCCCACCCUCAGGCUGUGCAGCCAUGUUCUGGGCGCUCUGACCCCACGGAAGCCCAUGGGGAGCCCCAGAUCGGCAGCUCCGUUCCUGCUUCUCCUCCUGCUGUUCAUUGGCCUCGCUGCUUCCGCUGGGAUUGGCUGCCCCUACCUGCCCCACUGGAGCACCCACUGUCUGCUGGCCUCCCAAAUGACACUCUCACUGGAAGGUCUGCCCAUGUCCCUUGCCAUGCCCAGUUGGCGUUUCCUGCGUCCCCAAAGCCUUGCUGUGCUCAGCUCUGGCUCUGCCCCUAUUUGUGCCUGCAUCUGGUGUCAGAUCCUUCAGAGGAAGCUGCUGAGUAGCUGUUGCCUGUCUGAGAAGGGUCAUCACAUCGCUGUCCCCUCCCCACACAUCUCUCACAAGGGGUUGCGCUCUAAAAGGACCCAACCUUCAGACCCAAAGGCAUUGGAAGGUCUCCCCAGAUCCAGCUCACAAAGGCAUGAAGGGCCCGAGUUCUCCUUUGAUUUGCUGCCUGAGGCACGGGCUAUUCAAGUGACCGUUCCUCCGGGACCUGAGGUCACCGUGCGUCUCUGUCACCAGUGGGUACUAGAAUGUGAGGAGCUGAGCAGUCCCUUCGACGCCCAGAAAAUUGUGUCUGGGGGCCAUGCUGUAGACCUGCCUUAUGAAUUCCUUCUGCCCUGUCUGUGCAUAGAGGCAUCCUACCUGCAAGAGGACACAGUGAGGCGCAAAAAAUGUCCCUUCCAGAACUGGCCUGAAGCCUAUGGCUCCGACUUCUGGAAGUCAGUGCACUUCACUGACUACAGCCAGCACAGUCAGAUGGUCAUGGCCCUGACCCUUCGCUGCCCGCUGAAGCUGGAGGCCUCCCUCUGCCAGAGGCAGGGCUGGCACACCCACUGUGAAGACGUCCCCAAUGCCACGGCUCAGGAGUCAGAGGGGUGGUAUGUUUUGGAGGGAGUAGACCUGCACCCUCAGCUCUGCUUCAAGUUCUCGUUUGGAAAUAGCAGCCAUGUGGAAUGCCCCCACCGGACUGGUGAGCCGAUAAGUGACCCUGGCUGGGACCCCCUUCCACCACUUCACCCUUACCCAACUGUGACCAAGCCAGAUGCGAUCCCUGUUCUGACUUCUCUGGCAACCACAGCCCAGCUCCUAUCACUGCCCACAAACAAAAUGUCUCCCAUGAUGCCCUUUCCCACCCUGGCAGCCCCAUCCUGGAAUGUGAGCGUGGAUACCCAGGCCCAGCAGCUGGUCCUUCACUUCUCCUCAAUGAUGCAGGCCACCUUCAGUGCUGCCUGGAGCCACCCAAGCUUGGGGCAGGACAGCUUGGUGCCUCCGGUGUACAGCAUCAGCCAGGCUCAGGGCUCAAGCCCAGUGACACUAGAUCUCAUCAUUCCCUUCCUGCAGCCAGGGAGCUGUCUCCUGGUGUGGAGAUCAGAUGUUCAGUUUUCCUGGAAGCACCUCUUGUGUCCAGAUGUCUCUCAUAGACACCUGGGGCUCUGGAUCCUGGCACUGCUGGCCCUCACCACCCUAUUGGGCAUUGUUCUGGUCCUCACCCGCAGACGCCCGCUGUCAGGCCCGGGCCGAGAGCGGCCGGUGUUGCUCCUUCACGUGGCGGACUCAGAGGCGCAGCGGCGCCUGGUGGGAGCGCUGGCUGAACUGCUGCGGGCAGCGCUGGGCGGAGGGCGUGACGUGAUCGUGGACCUGUGGGAGGGGACGCGCGUGGCGCGCGUGGGCCCGCUGCCCUGGCUGUGGGCGGCGCGGACGCGCGUGGCGCAGGAGCGGGGCACCGUGCUGCUUCUGUGGAGCAUUGGGGGCCCCAGUCCAGUCCGCGGCCGGGAUCCCCACUCGGCGCCCCUGCGCGCCCUGCUCGGUGCCGCCCCGCGUCCACUGCUGCUGCUCGCUUACUUCAGUCGCCUGUGUGCCAAGGGCGACAUUCCCCCGCCUCUGCGUGCCCUGCCGCGCUACCGCCUGCUGCGCGACCUGCCACGCCUGCUACGGGCGCUAGACGCACAGCCUUCCACCGAAGCCACCAAUCGAGGCCGCCUCGGGGAUCGGCCGUGCCUGCGGGGUCGCCUGGAGCUGUGCCACCGGCUGGAACGGGAGGCCGCCAAAUUUUGCCCACCGAGUCUGAGCAGAGACAGGCGUAGGGGUACUGGCUGGAACCCCUGAAUGAGCCUUCUACCCUAGAAUCCUUGGGGUG